UAUAUGUUUGUGCAUCUGUACCUGGACGUGUGUGUACAUACGUGUGUGUGUACGUUUGUAUCCAUUUGACCAAUCUCAUGUGGUUUGUAGUUUCAGAGAGAAUAAGUCAUUCUGAACUAGCGUAUUUUUCCCACAAUUUCUAUGUUGCAAAACUGAUACAAGUUCCCGUGUUCAUGUUUUGCUACAUUUGCUGUCUGUGUUUUACACACACACACAGCUGCACCCAGGAGCUCUAGCACUGACACAGUACAGGCUCCUUAGACGUCCCACCUAACCCGAUCAUGGUCUUUAAAGUUUUUUUAAAUCCAGUUUCCAGUAAAAGAUCAUGCGUGCACUUCAUACGCUCCUUUAGUUUUCUUUAAUCUGGAAGCGUUUCUCAGUCUCUCUUUCCCCGUCUGUUUCAAGACGGUGCCUUACUUUGGCUUUGGUUGUUUCCUUGUGGGUAGAGUCAGGAUGGACAUUCUUGGUGGGAAGCUGUCUCCAUGACACCGUGUCCACGUCAGCCCGCCGCCCGCAGAGGCACGCAGGGUGCGUCUGUCCCGGUGCUGUUGUGUUGGGUCUCACCCCGUGGCUGUGGCUGUGGCUGUGUCUGCCAGCAUUCAUCGCCGUAAAGGUGUGGUUUCCCUGUUGGCCGCUUCUCGCCUGGAUCAGCGAUUACCAUGUAAAAUGGUAAUUUUACUGUUUCUCAUUCCUUCCACCUUCCUAGUCAGCAUUCUUCUGUAGAGAAGAGGUUUACCUUUUCCCUGCUCUUCCUUAAACUAUUGUUUCAAAUGCCAGUGGGCUUAAGUUAAGGAAUUUUAUUUUCAUUCAGUGUGUUAUAAUCCAUUCCUUUAUUCAUUUUGAUGCCCAGAGUUGGCGAGUGGGAGCCCAUUCUAGUUCACUUCUGUUUGAGCUCCUCGUCAGUUUGAGCACUUCCUUACUUCUGGCACAGGCUCCCAUUGUGUUGUCUAGUUUUGGCACCAGCCAUUUCCCAAGGUGCCCCGUCUCCUUUCUGUGGAGAACGGUAUUCUGAAGCCAAGACCAGGGUGGGUGUGCUCACUGCCGCUGGCCAUCAUUUCUUCCAGGCCCUCGCGAUGAGCAGAGCUAGGAGAGGUGUUUUGUUUUGUUUUGUUUUGUUUUGAAUAGUGACUUGGAAGAACUCUUGCUUCCAGAAGAAUACCGUCUAAUUAAUGAGUCGGAAUAGCUGAGUUAAGCGGAUCAUCAUUUGGCAGCUGUCAUAGUAAUAACUGGUCCAGGCAAGAAUAGGCUGUAGGUGAUAAAACUCACUGGUGAAGCCUGAUGAGAGCCAAGAUACUCACAGAGACGCAGAGCGGCCCACAGGGGACCCACUGCUGACACAGGGGCAAGGGUCACCACGGAGGAGCGCGGCGGACGCUGGGACGGCCAGGCAGCCAGGGCCAGCAUCACGGGCACGGGCGCCCUGCUGCCGCGUGUCCCUGCCCGCUGCUCGCCUGUGCACGCGGUGGCCGCCGCGCUCCCGGUGCUGUACCUGGAGCGUGGUGCGUUUCAGCCCCAGCCCCGGGAGGGUACUUCUGUGAGGCGAGGGGACAGCAGGUGUCCUUCUUCUCUGGUCCAGGUGCAGGCAGUGGCCUUUUCUCUCAGGGGUCCUGCUUCACUGGAGGGCUUCAGCGUCCGGAGCCCAGCAGCCUUGGGCUGCCCCCAGCUCCCAUCCGAUACAGGAGACCAACAUGUGAGCUGGGUCAAAGAACAGCCUGAGAGGUGACCCGGGGGCCUGGUCCCGCCCCGCCCUCAGUCUCCAGGGGGCGAGUCUCUGUCAGGCCACUCUGGACAGCGUCCUCUCGCACGCGGGUGGGGAGGGCUGCCAGCCGUCCCUUCUGCUGCUGGCCCUGGGUGACUGGGAAGGACGGCGGCAUCGCUCCUACCGCCUGCACCUGUGGGCUCAGCCCGGGCCCCGGUCAGGCCGCCGCCGGGAUGCAGGCAGGUCUGACUGCAGGAGGAGACGAGAACCCCCAGGGGCCAGGGUGGCUGAGGGUCCGGGCCUCCUCAGAGCUCAGCGGAAAGGCCGGCUCUGGCGGCCUGCUGCCUGGUGGCUGGGCAGGUGGUGUCCUGGCCGCAGGCGGCCCCACAGGCCAGGGCCCUGACGAGGUCAGGCUGUAGAGACGAGACAGGCUGCCCCCAACAUUUACCACAAACGGCAGCACAGAGACUUCUCCCCACGUGCAGAUCAUCAUAUAAAUAGAGCCAAACAGUUCUUUUUGUGUGGAAGUGGUUUUAUUGGUUUCUCCUGCUCUUGCUGCAGCUCAUCAGUGGAGUCGUCUGGGUCUUCAGCUUUCUGUGGGGGAAGCUUUUUGUGCUGUUUCUUUAAUAGACACGGUGCCCUGCAGAGUUUCUGUUUCUUCUUCUGUUCCAGACAGUGUUUAUAAGCCCCGUUAACUCGGUGGGAAGCAACCAGCUGUUGAGCAUGAGGAAGUCCCUGUUGCAGAGAGGGCCCUUGUGAGCUCUCAGCUGAAGCUGGGGGUGCAACCACACACCCACAGCUUGUUUUGUUCAGUGCUGCCAGGACGGUGUGCAGCGUGUGCGUGUGCCGAGAGCCCAGCGUCCUGUUCCUUUCUCAGAAACGUGGGCCCUUCCUCACCGUUGGCCUGCUGGCCCAGGGUUAGGUGUUCUGGAUGCACGGUACUAAGGCAGAGUCUCUGCGGUGAGGAGCGCACGGCUCAGCGGGCGGUGCACGGGGGUGAUGCGGGAAUCAAGGGUUCACCAGGCACAUGGUGGUACACCUCCGUAUGGACCGGCCUGCUUCCUCCGGGUGACGGGAGAGCAGGGGAGGGACGUCGGUACAAUGCAGAGCCUUGUGGUGUGGCUCAUCUGGGAUUCUGCCCCGGGGUACGGAGCUGGGACAGUGAGGCUGGCGUCCCCAGCUUCAGCAGGAGACAGAGAAGCCCAGGGCUUGACAGCUGUGCAGCAGGAGGGCCUCGGGGCUCCCAGGACCAACAGGAGCAAAACGCUGCCAUGCCUGGGCCUCUCCGUCAGAAAGCUGCGCCCCAGCCCGCCAGGCUCGGCCAGACUGCCCGCUGGGCGUGUGCCGCCAGCCUGGGAACAGGCCCCGCUCGGAACUCCGCUGUCAUCUGCCUUGUCUUGGCACCUACCAGCCUUGCUCUAGUUACAGUCUUGCCAGUGUCCAUUAGACGUUUUGGGUACAUUUUUAAAAUGCACCGAGGCAGCCUCCAGCCCCGCUGACCUGCCUGCCUGGGUGCUGCAAGUCAUUCUUUUUGUCAGAGCUCUGGUUACAGCAUUUUGUAGGUUUUGAGUGGUCGGCCCUAAUCCCGUUUUCACGUAAGUCCUGAUAUUAUAUCUGGGUGUAAUUUCAGAGAACAUGAAGUUUUCUGAGAACGUAGAUACUGCUUUACAGCAGAAGCAUUUGUAUUACAGAGGAAUGAAACUUGAGACAGAACAGAAAGGAUAAGGUCCCUAAACUUAGCAGUCAGCAUUUUAAGCAGCAGAACAGAACUCCACGUGUGCUCACUUAGUGAGCUGCGUUCACAGGGGGCUCUCUGCGCGACAUAUCUGUGUUUAAAGACCCGGCAGCAUGGGGUCCUGCGGCCACUGUUACCCCGCUUUCUGCUGACAGAGCUCAGGGUCUAUCCAGCCCCCGUCGGGACUGGCCCCGCGUGGUGUCACCAUCCAGGGUGGCGACCCUUGGGGAUCUGCUGGGCUGAGGGCACCCUGAGAGCUGGGGAUUCUGAUUUCUGAGGCUGAGAAGGCUGCCUGGCCUGAGCUGAGGGCUGCCAAGCCAGCGGAGGAGGAAAUAGGCCAGUCCUUGUCAGGCAGGCUUGGUGGUCCCCUUCCAUUACGCAACCCCUAACCUCUCCAUCCACCCUGCACCCUAGCGCUGCGCCCUCCACGUGCCUGCUUGCCUGUCGGUCUCUGAGCUGUGGGUGAGGCCUGCGCUUCCCCGGAGCGCCCUGCUGUGUGCCUGGAGCGGCUGCCGCUUGCUUGGAAUGACCAAGCUGCCUGUGUUUCCUGUGGUCGUUUGGACACUGCCUUUCACUUUCUUCUCUGCACUUGGGGCGAGUGUCCGGCUCCCAGGGCCUCACCGCUGUGCACAGCGCCACAGCACAGCAGGGACCCGCCAGGGGCAGAUGUAGGAAAGGACACUUUCCCAGCCUUGCAGGAAUGAUCUGGGGACACACACACGCAGGUUCUGAGGCCACCAGUACCCGGGGAGCAAGGUGGGGACUGCAGGCAGGGAGCAGGGGUGGGGCCUGGGGAGCCGGGGGAGCCGGGCACCAGGGAGAGGACAGAGGCCCAGCUGGAAGUGGGCAAAGAGAGGGCACGGCGGGAGGUGACCAGAGCCUUCACGAGAUGCCAGAGACCCAGGGGUCGUCCCCCCGGCCUCCCGCCCAGUGCAGGGGCUUCGCGGCACCCUGGCCCUGUGCCACCUGUGCUGGGGCCCAGGCAUACGCCUCGGGGCCGCUGACACCCGCCGUCGUGGAGCCCCGGCUCCGGUGCUGAUCACGCUUCUGCCUCUGGAGCCCAGCCCUCUCCUUGGGUCUGGCUGUGUCCGCCGACAGAAUAAAGAGUUGGAGAGUCUCUCUGCCGCCUUUUAAGAGCUGCCUGCCAGGAGGGCGGCAGAGGCCUCUUCCUCCAAGUCUCCAGUUCCCACGGGCUGGCUCCAGAGUUGGGGCUGGGCGCUCGCAGCGCCUACAGCACUCUGAGGAGGGCAGACGUGCCUGGGGAGGAAGCUGCUGCCCAGGCUGGGCUGUGUGAGAAGGGCCGUGGCGUCCCGGGCAGGGCAGUGACUGCUCCUGGCGAAGCUGGAACCCAGUUAGAUUGGGUUUGUAACCCCAAGGCGGCAGCAAGGGCGUCCCUGAACCUCUGCGCCUCAGCUUCCACAUCUGGGACCAGGACACGGCAGCUGUGCCGUCCCAGGCGCGCAAGGUGCUCGGGCCGCGGACGCUCGGCGCUCGGAUGUGUCCCGUGCGGCCGGGAGGGCUCAGCAGGCGUGUGUCUCCCAAACCUGGCGUUUGGUCAUGCGGUUCAAAGGCCGCUGGGAUGGGAAAGUGCCUGCCGGCGAGCAGGACGUCAGGAAGGAGAGCUUGUCUGGGGUGAUGAAAUGGAUGGCGAACUCUCGUCCCCCCACUUCAAAGUUUCAAGUACCACUGGCACAUUUAAGAUGAAAAUGGCGAUGCGGGUCUGACGUUUCCGCGUUAGCCAGGUAUUUCAGGUCCUCAGAAAACAACUCGCUUAAUUCUCACCCCCACAGCUCUGUGUCCCCCGGUGGACUGGGCCCACGCCCCACCUCGCCUUGCACGCCCUGUGCUCUGUGGGACGUCACCACGUCCCUGGUCCUCAGCCUCUUCUCCAAACGCUCCCUCGAGCCUCGUUCCUCAUCUUCCGACACCCAGUCCAUCGUCAGGACCUGUUGCUCCUGCUCCCAAAGUGCCUGUUCCCGCCCUCCUUCCUGUCCCCGGUCCCAGCCAGCGUCCUCUCCUGCCGUCACCGCUGAAGCAGUGUCCUGACGGCUCUGCUCCCCUGACCCUCAGUCUCCAGACUGGGAGCUUCACGAGGCCUCCGUCAGGGCCGCCCCUGCUCAGGGCCCUCAGGGGCUUCCCGCUGCUGUCAAGGGUCAGAAUCCGGCUUCCUUCCCACGGCCUGGGAACUGUUCCCACUUCAUCUGAGGCUCAUUCGCGUUUCCUUUUGCUUCUCUAGGAAAGUAAAAUCCUUUCCUGCCUGAAAGCCUGACACAUUCUGUUCUGUCUGCCAGGAACGCUCUUUGCCCCACUUCUCAAAAUCCUCGCUCCCCCGCCGUCAGCUCUGCGUGAGAAGCCCUCCUGACAGCCCGUGCCCAGGGCCCUCCGGUUCUCUGAUCUGCGCCGUUUGUUUGCUUUGGCCAGACCCACUGAUUUGCAGGUACACGUCUGCCUGUUUACCUGUUCAUCUUGUCUCCUCUACGGGCAUCACGGCCCUUGAGGGCUGUGAUCACGCUCCCGGUGCCGAGCAGGGCACCCGGGACGGAGGAAGAAUCUGAGUGGAAUAGUGAACCUUCGGCAGAAAGGCCGAGAUGGGGGUCCCCAGAGAAAGCUGCCCUGAUGAAGCCCUCACCUGGGACAGGUUAGCGUGAAAGCCGUCUUUCACGGGUGCGGGAUCCUGCAGCUCUGAGAGGUUCAGAUGUGGGUGGAUUUCACUUGUUUUGAACUCUAGCAGGAAGCCACCCCCCGGGAUUAGUUAAUCCACGUCUAACGUUGCUUAAAAAAGUCACGUAACAGAAGCAGCAGCCUGAGGAACACAGGCCCGGAAGUCCUGCCUUAGCUCUGGUCUCUGGUUCUUUUGUUUUUUCUAAUUAAAGUGUAGUCGGUUUGCAGUGUCGUGCUGGUUUCUGGUGUGCAGCACGGUGGUUCAGUUACACCCACGUAUGCUCCUUUUCAGACUCUCUUCCAUUACAGGCUGUCACACGGCACUGAAUUAGUUCCCUGUGCUGUGCAGUAGGACCUGGUUGUCUGUUCACGGUUCUUCUAUUUUCUUUGUUACUCAAAGACUCUGUAUGUGUUUCCUGGCUUGUAAAACAAGGGAAGUGGGACUAGAAAAGAUGAACGUCCCCUCAGUUUGUAUGAGUGUGCUUUUGGUUGCAGGUAACAGUGGCUUAAGCACUGAAGAUAAUUAUCUCCUGAGCUCAGACACGGAGCUGCAGUGGCCCUGGGGUUGGUGUGCUGGUGCAGGAUGUCCUUCUGCUUCGCCACCUGCUCGUCCUCAGGCUCAUCCCUCCUGCUCACAACAUGGCUGCUGCAGCUCUGGGCGUCGCAGACCCUGUACAAGAGCCUGGUCACGGGCGCCCGAGCACGAGCAGUCAUCGCUGUGCUCUGGGUCCUUGCCUUCGGCAUUGGCCUGACCCCGUUACUGGGGUGGAACAGAGGCAAAGGCAGUGCCACCAACUGCACGGAGCCCGGGGACAGGCCCGCCAACGACAGCUGCUGCCGCGUCAAGUGUCUUUUCGAGAACGUGGUCCCCAUGAGCUACAUGGUGUACUUCAACUUCUUUGGGUGCGUCCUGCCCCCACUGCUCACCAUGCUGGCGAUCUACGUCAAGAUCUUCAUGGUGGCCUGCAGGCAGCUCCAGCGCAUGGAGCUGAGGGACCACUCGAGGACCGUCCUCCAGCGAGAGAUCCACGUGGCCAAGUCCCUGGCCAUGAUCGUUGGGAUCUUCGCUCUGUGCUGGCUCCCGGUCCAUGCCAUCAACUGUGCCACUCUUUUUCAGCCAGCCUGGGCCAAGGAAAAGCCCAGGUGGGUGAUGAACACGGCCAUCCUCCUGUCCCACGCCAACUCGGUUGUCAACCCCAUCGUCUAUGCCUACCGGAACCGAGACUUCCGCUGCAUGUUUCACAGAAUCAUCUCCAGGUAUGUUCUCUGCCAGACGGACGUCCUCAAGAGUGGGAACGGGCCAGCGGGGCCGCAGCCUGCUCUCGAUGUGAGCCUGUGACCCAGGCUCUGGCCUCAGGGAGGAGAAGGCACAGAUUCACAGGGACAAAGGGACCGGACACGGCUGGCAGAUUCUCAAGGUGACAGACAGCGCCACCUCCCAGGCAAGUGGUGGCCUCCUGCAAGCACCUCCCUGGAGCGACCACACUCCUAGUUAACGUGUCCGUGUUGUGAGUGCGUUCCGAGGGCUGGCAGGUGUACCUGCCGCUCUCUCUGGCUGCUCUCACCGUGUGGGCGAUGCUGAUGGACUGGGAAAGACUGCAUUGUUUUCUUAAGAGUCUAUGUCUUUCAUGGUAGAAAAUGAUUGAAGUUAUUUUACUGUGAAACACUGUGAACUGUUUUAAUAACAAAUGUUUUUUAACGUAGAGGUAAUGGGAAAAGUUGGACAUACUAAAAUACAUAUACUUGUUCCGAGGAAGGCGACCAGGAGAAUUGAAAGUAUAAUGCUUCAGUCAAGAAACUGCUCUAUUAAUGUAGGGAGAGGAUCCUCUUACAGGGUUUGAUAACGGUCUUGUCCACAGACAGCAAAGUGCCCGGGAGGAAGACCCUGGAGAAGUGGGGCCCCGCCUCCACCGGGCUCCCCUCCCUCUCUAGAGCUGGACAGUGAAUCUUCCUUCCCUCCCAAGUUCAAGUUUGGCCAAGUUGUUGGAACCCAAAGUGUGAAAAUUUUACUGAGUAAAGUUAUAUAACUGUGUUUGUAUGUUAGGUGAAAAAAUAAAGCAAACAAACGAGAUUAGGGGCCGCAUCAGCUUGUGCA